UUUUGUGGCUCUCUGCCUGUCAUUGCCUUGGCUUUGAAUGAAGUCUGACAACUUUACCCUGCCUUACAAACCUGGGACACCCGCCUCCCUUCCCUUAGUAAAUAGACUCAUGGGAGGUGUUACAUACGCUACCUGCAGUGCUGCUGCAAUUGGACAUAUUUCCUAAGACAGCCCGCUGGAGGAUUCUGACCCGAAGGACACGUAUCUCAUCCCGAGAAACAUCAUGGCUGAGCCAGACUAUAUAGACGGCGACAAUCCUGAACUGAUUAGGCCUCAGAAACUAGUCAAUCCUGUGAAAACAUCCCGGAACCAUCAAGACCUUCACAGAGAACUCCUUAUGAAUCAAAAAAGGGGACUCGCCCCUCAGAAUAAGCCAGAACUGCAGAAAGUGAUGGAAAAGAGAAAACGAGAUCAAGUAAUAAAGCAGAAGGAAGAGGAAGCACAAAAGAAGAAAUCUGACUUGGAAAUAGAGCUAUUAAAACGGCAGCAGAAGUUGGAGCAGCUUGAACUUGAGAAGCAGAAAUUGCGAGAAGAGCAAGAAAAUGCCCCAGAGUUUGUGAAGGUUAAAGGCAAUCUCAGAAGAACAGGCCAAGAAGUGGCUCAAGCGCAGGAGUCGUAGGUCCAGGCUGCAGAGACCGGGCACCAGCCCAGCACACACAAAACGUGUGUGCAGGGGCCUCCCCAGUACUUAACCUCAGGGCCAAAGCCCCUGGAGAGAAUCCCAGCCAGCAGAGAACUGUUACUUUGAAAAGAGUUUGGUUUUGGUUUUCCUAACAUCCGGGUGGAUCAGUUACCUGUGACUGUUGCAGUUCCUAUUCGCCAAAUGAAGGGCGUUGCCCAGCACUUAAGUUGGGAUAAUGGACCUGUGUUCAAAGACUUAAAAAAAUAACAACAACAAGAAAAAAAGGAAGAGGACACUGGCAUAAAUUCCUGAGAGUUGCACUACUUGGUUUUUCUUUCAAGCCAAGUUUAGUGGGGCACAGAGCCUUUUUUUCUUUUAAAAUGUAAAGAAAAUGUGUUUCCUUCUUCCUUAGUUACCCAUCGUGCUGAAAUGCGUUUGAUCUAUGACAUUCAGUUUGUCAAUUCUGUUUUCUUGUCUAAUUUACACUUUCACCCACGUUAGGCUUAACACCAGAGAAUGUUAAUAUUCACGUUGAACAGUUCUUAACCUUUGUCAGCAUUAAGAUCCAGAAGUAGAGUGAGGAGCUUUAAAAAUAAUGG